UCAUUUUUGCUGACCAUCAGUUAUUUCUUUGCCCGUCUGAUUUAGAUUGGUGUCCUGGCCCCAUCCCGGACGGAAUGAAAACAGAGGAGACUCGAUCGUGCCUGCAGCAAGCUCCAUCAGCUUUGGCUUACGGAUUGGAAGGGCGUGAAGUCUGCGCUGGUUGUGACAACCCCAUUGCUGACCGCUUCCUGCUGCGAGUCAACGAACGCUCCUGGCACGAGGGUUGCGUGAAGUGCACGGUGUGUCUGCAAGCCCUCUCUGGCACCUGCUACUGCCGGAACCGACUGCUCUACUGCAAACACGACUACGAGAAGCUCUUCGUGACCAAGUGCAGCAACUGCCUGAAGGUGAUCAACCCGUCCGAGUUCAUCAUGCGCGUUCUCGAGCACGUGUACCACGUGAACUGCUUCUGCUGCUGCGAGUGCGACCGGCGGCUGCAGCGGGGCGACGAGUUUGUGCUCAAGGAGGGUCAGCUGCUGUGCCGGGGCGACUAUGAAAAGGAGAGGGAGAUGCUGUCGGCCAUCAGCCCGACCCCCACCGAAUCAGUUAAGAGUGAGGAUGAAGAGGGCGGCCAUUCCCAAGGCAAAGGCGGAGAGGAUGGGAAGGAGCAUAAGAGGUCCAAAAGGCCGCGCACCAUCCUGACAACGCAACAACGGCGGGCAUUCAAAGCAUCCUUUGAGGUUUCUUCCAAACCCUGUAGGAAGGUUCGAGAAACACUGGCCGCAGAGACAGGCUUGACGGUCCGUGUGGUCCAAGUCUGGUUUCAGAACCAGAGAGCCAAGAUGAAGAAGAUUGCUCGCCGCCAACAGCAACAGCAGCAGCAACAACAGGAGCAGGAACAGAUGGGGGCAUCCAGGCGUGGGCCAAGCAGAGGGGGCAGACAGAGCAAUGAGGACAGCGAAGAUGGCUCUAGCAUUCACGGUCUAGAUGGGCUCAUGACUCCAUAUUCUACCAUGCCUCGCCAGCAGUUGUUGACCCUGGAUCAGAAUAUUUACACCAGCGAUUCCUUUCGGCAAGGCCUCACGCCUCCCCAGAUGCCAGGGGAUCACUUGCACCCCUACGAUUCGGAGUCUGUGUUCCAUGACUUGGACAGCGAUGGCAGCCUGGGACACCUCGGCGACUGCCUGAUAGCAACAGCAGAGACUGGACUACUGCAAGCACGGGUGGGAAACCCCAUCGACCGGCUCUACUCCAUGCAGAGUUCCUACUUCACAUCAUGACAUGCAGAAUGGGGGCCACUCAGGCGUAGGACAGCCUGUGCUGAACAGCGGCCUGAUGGCCUGCACGCACUGGCCCUGUCUCGUAUGGUGUGUUAUGGCAGCACUUUCUCUUUGCUAGACCAGUUCCCACUGACAACCAGCAGACUUCAGAAUUUAUUUUCUCCACUCGCUUUCAUCCAACUGCCUUUUGGACAAGGGGCUGCACCAUAUGAGACAGGGUGAUGGUCACGCUUAUCCCGGGUGGAGUGCCGUUGGCUUUUGUACAUACAGUGUAUUUUUGUUGAGUCCGCCCAUUUUCAAUAUUACUGAACUCUUAAAACACUGCCUCGCCAGUUAAAGGGUUUAAAUGCCACUUGACUGACUUUGGGAUGAGAGACCACCCAGUUUGCAAAGGAUUCUAGUUUAAUGAAUGGAGUCUGCAGAUAUGAGCUAUGGAACUAGAUAACUGAAGUAAAAAAAACUUUCUUGUUUUUCCUUAGAAGAAUAAUAGACAGGUAAUCUAGAUAUGUGAUGAUCCAUAUAUGAUCUUUUCUGGCUGUUGCUUCUCGUAUGCCACCUCCUUUUCCUCUUAUCUGAACUCCAUUUCCCAGGGUUUCCUCUCAGCAUGUUAGAUCAAUCUGUUGAACUCCAAUCUUCAACCCUGGUCUUCCUGUCCAAAUCCUAAUCCCCAGUCACCCCCACUAUACGCCAUGCCAUGAUACUUGAAUAUAACAGUUAUGGAUUGAAAGUCCCAAAGCACUCAAGUUCCAACGCACACUCUCAAAAAUGCUCACUAGAGGGGGAAAUCCCAUCAAAAACCCUGGCUAAAUAUAAAAAGGGCCAUGUAGAAUCUUUUUAGAUUUAUUACCAUAAAAAUGCGCUGUAAGUACGUAAGGCAAACAGGAGAUGCCAGCAAGACCAAUCCAAGGCAAACAACUCCCAAUACUCAAUCCAAUGGCAAAUCAUAAAAACAACAAAAUGGUCCAAAACUCCAAUGAAUCAAAAUAGCAAAAGCAUAGUAAAAACAAAAGUAAGACUCACCAACUCCCUGGCGCAUUCAAGUGACUCUACAAUUUUAUAAAGAAGAGGGCAGUUCCUGCAAGUGACUGGCAGGUGGUCCGACCUCUUGGCGAACCACCCACAAAACACAUGGAAUAUGACACUGGCAAAGCAAAAACACCAGAAAAAUAAGAAAGGUAACACUGAUAUAAAAAACAAGAAAAGAACAUAAAACAUGGAUUUGAACCUCAGCCAGGGGAGGAAACCUAACUGGAAUAUAACGGUAACAAACAUUUGUAUCUCCAGAUUCAAACUGUGUCCUCCCCCAGUCUAUGUACCUGGCCAUACAGUCAACUCAUGUUUUCCAGACUUUGUCCAAAUAUACUACACACUAAUAAUAGAAAUAAAUUUGGUCCAGACAUGGUCACCUCAGGUCACAGAGAGGCCAUUGAGCCUGUUAAUAGGGAUGUCCAUGCCUGGUCUACUCAUUCCAGGUCCUAGAUGUUACCCCACCAGCUCAGGCUCCAUUUAGGACAUUAAUGUGUCACAUAGCUGUGUCCAGCUCGGGUCACCUGAGACUAAAAUAAAACUGGUGACUCUAAGGCCAUGUCACAUUACAUGACUUUUCCGUCAUAGCCUUCAUUUACAUAAUCCUAGAAAGUCAGAAUAAUUACAUAAUUUGGCCUUCAUUUACAUAAUCUUAGCACGUCAGAGACAAUUGUCGACAUGCACCCAUGAAGCCAGCUGUGCAGUGUGACAUGCCCAGCAACUCAGUCCAACUAGUCAACAAAUCACCCCGAUAAAAACAAACCGAUAUGUUUUUGUUUUAAGUCGCAGAGUGGUUUGGGUACAUGAGAGCUGACAACUAAUGAAUGUCCACCUGAAAGUACAAUGUAUAGAAUGCAGUAAUGACGAAUAAGGAACAUGGGGGCUUAACGAAUAACAAACACAUAUAGCUGAUUUUUUAUGUACCACGACGUAAUGGAAAAAAGAAAAAAGGUCGGAGAUUGGGACUGAACUCACUGCACCUGUUAACCCUUCAUACAACACUGGCUCCAUCAGGCCGUACGCUAUUGGCUGUCACGAAAAGGGGUGAGGCUGACUGUGCUGGAAGGCGGGCCCUCAGUCACUAAAUUUGAUCACGGCCAGUGAUUUUGACGUGAACAGUCGACAAGGACCACAGUCUGGGGAGGUGUGUGUGUAGGGGGUAUGGAGAACCCCAGAUAAGAGGAGGGUGUGCUAAAAAAAUAGUGUGGAAACAGCCUGUACAGUAUUUAUGACUUUUCCUUCAUGUCAUCUGUUAAAAGGUUACCUAAAUCUUUCUUUUUAAAAAAGAAAAAUGCAGAACCUUUGACAUUAGUUUGUCUUGGUCUUAACUCAUUGUCUUUUUUAACUGUAAAAAAAAAAAUAAUGAAAAUGGUGAAACUUUUUGUAUUCUUAGUGUGUGUUGAAAAUACUGAGUAUUUAACUAUUUAUGUCGACAUGAUGUAUGUUCUGUAGAUUUUCUGCUUGACAUUUCAAAUAGAUGGUUUAACACAAU